CCGGUCAUCAAGAAACGCGAUGAAUCUUAUCUGCAAAUAAAAAUGAGCGCAGUGGACACUAACUCCCCGCGUCUAGGGUCUGAUAGCACCCUCUCACGUACAGCCUGUGAGAGAUGUCGCAGACAGAAGCUUCGCUGCAGUCGUCAACGUCCAACCUGCACGCGAUGCAGCCGCUUCUCAGUCACCUGCAGCUAUCCUGAAUUAGCUGAUCGCAGACGUCUCGCAGCCCGUCGUGAAUCCGUGCGGGCCGAACAGUCCCGUCCUGAAGCCGCCCCAGUGACUCCGGAGUCGACAGAGCUCAAUGUUGGCACAGUCAGAAGUCCAUCAGAGGCUCCAAGAAUCAGCAGUAUCGGCUUUGUUGAUGUUGGCCCAUCACGAACAGAACAUGUAGCCCCAGGCUCUGCUGGCACCAACCUGGACGAUUUACCGCCACGGGCCAUAGGGCUCGCGAUGUUGGAUAUUUACUUUGAACGGUUAUACAAUGCUACCUUGCUUUUUAAUCGCACUCAGCUGUUUGAGUCUUACUUAGAUGGCAGUCUACCUCCAUAUCUAUUGAGGAGCAUAUUUGCACUGUCAUCAUUGUUCCUUCGUAAACCACGGCAUCAGCCACCUAGACUAGGUACUCAUGCGGUGUCUCCAGAGCUUGCAGCAUUUGCUACGUAUGCUAGCUAUGGGGAUGCCUGGGUUGAGGCAGCAAGACGCGAGGCUUGGCUUCUCACAGAUCGGCCGACAGUUCAGGUAGUUCAAGCUCUUUCAUGUCUCAACUUGUACUGGUUUGCGACAAGAGAUCUAGACCGAGCUCGGAUCAACGCUGUUAUGGCCUAUGCAUCGGCCACUACAUUUCGUUCCCUUAACAUAUCAGACAACGGGAAAAGGACGAAAGACGAGCUGCAGCUUGUAGAAAGAAAGCAUGGCUGUUUUUGGGCAUGCUGGUCAACGAUGUGUAUCUCUUCUUUUCCUGAAGCCUAUGCGAAGAACGCCUGGGAGGAAGCUUGUAAUGUGCCACUUCCUGUUGCAUCAGAUGGCUUUGUUAGUGAUGGGAACGUCGCGCGUCAGUACCACAUGACUGCGGAAUGGAAGCCUGAAGCGCUCAAUGAAGAGCCGAAUCCCCCUUCAUCAAUAAUGGCAGAACAUAUGAAGCUCAUGGGGGUUUGGGUUAAAAUCCAGCUUAUAAACAGAGACAAGCAGGAAAGUCCAGACGUCACCCACAUACUACAUUUGUCCAGCUUGGCGAAAGAUAUUUAUGAAUCGAGCCAGUUUCCUCCUUACGUUACAGGUAACGAGGGUACCGGUCGUGAUAUUGCACGGCUGCUGGGACUGCACUCAUUAUACCAUCUUUGUCAAAUUGUUCUUCUCUGUCCCCUGGUGUCUCUUUUCUCUGGUCGACGGGGCAUCACAGGAGAAGGGCCUCAGAACCACGCACAAACAAUCACCAAGCAUGCUAUUCACCACGGGCAUCUGAUUCGGGAUUAUAUUGCUAGAAAGCAGGAUAUAUCUAAACUCAGUUCUCAUGUAGGCUUUGCUAGCUUCGUGUCGACCUCAAUCAUCCUCACCCUCUUGAGGUCCAGGGCUCGCCGGCAUCAUCAUGAUGGAAACACAAGGGACCAUGUCUCACACGCACUUGUGACACUGAUUCAGGAUAAUAUUGAUAUACUCAGCAUUCUCCAGACUUUCUGGGAGCACCUAGAACCAAUGACUAGGAGCCUGCAGCGGGCUGCUGACCAGAUACUAGGAUCGUUCGACCGCGUCGGGCAUAGCGUUAUAGGAACUGAAUCCAGGGCUAUCGAAGUCCCAAUGACAGGAGUCAAUAGUCCAGCACGGGAGGAAGAUGUCAUCACAACCACGUAUAUCGAGUCUCCAGAGUAUCCGAAUGCCCAGCAUUCAGCGAGCUCCUACACGAAUGCCCAUUUUGGCGUUACAGAUAGUGCCGGGGGAUAUAUGACUCAGGACUUGGAUGAGACUCCUGAUUGGCAUCAUAAUAAUUUGUUUGAAUGGUGUCAGACAGAAGGACUCCUGGAUAUUGGUAAUGAUUUCUUGGACAUUGGCGCUUUGGUUGAUUGGAACAUGGACUUGGAUCUGUUGACAGGUUUCUCUUCACAAAUGGCAUGAAGUCAUCAUGUAUAUAUAUCUACACAUAGCCUAGUGCCUCAUAAAGCGCAUCAAGGGAAUUCAUUGGCAGGCAAUAUUUUGGCAGAUACCUUUCCGAAUCCGAUUACACGAUCUCCCGAGCCAGCCCAUCCUUCCAUACUAACAGUAUCACCGUCUUCCAACCAAACCAAUUCAGAC